AUGGCGUUGUUAGCGCUAGUAGUUCUGCUAGCCCUGAAUACCGUCGAAUGUAUCAAGACAACGUACUUUAUCGGUAUUCGGGAAGAAGACUGGGACUAUGCACCCAGCGGCAAAAACAUAAUCAGCGGCCAGAACAUCGCUGACGAUGAACACUCCUCCGUGUUCCUGACGUCAGGCCCUCGUCAUAUUGGCAGAGUGUACAGGAAAGCCAUCUACAGACAGUACACGGAUUCUACAUACUCUACUGAAAUCCCUAAACCCGCCUGGCUAGGUUUCCUGGGCCCAGUGCUCCGGGCUGAGGUCGGUGAUGUGAUUGUGGUCCAUCUGAAGAACUUUGCCUCAAGACCAUACUCUCUUCAUCCACAUGGAGUUUUCUACGAGAAAGACUCUGAGGGUGCAUGGUAUCCAGAUGAAACAUCUGGAAAACUGAAGGAGGACGAUCAUGUCCAACCUGGGCAAACUCACACCUACACAUGGAGGGUCACACCAGAAUAUGCUCCAGCAGAGGGCGACGCCAACUGCCUCACCUGGCCUUACCAUUCCCAUGUUGAUGCACCCAAAGACAUCGCAUCAGGACUGAUAGGGGCUCUGCUCACCUGUAAGAAAGGGGUUCUGAAAGAUGAUGUGAGUCGCUCUGAUGUGGAUCAGGACUUCAUCCUCAUGUUCAGUGUUGUGGAUGAGAACCUCAGCUGGUACCUUGAUGAGAACAUUAAGAGGUUCUGCACAGACCCAGAUGGGGUUAACACGGAGGAUGAGGAAUUUCAGGAGUCCAAUUUAAUGCACUCUAUAAAUGGAUAUGUGUAUGGUAAUUUGCCUGGUUUGGAGGUUUGUAAGGGCAGCAUGGUAUCCUGGCAUCUCUUUGGUAUUGGUAAUGAAGGUGAUAUUCACUCCGCCUACUUCCAUGGCCACACCCUUCUGGACAGAGGUCACCGUACUGAUGUCCUCAGUCUGUUUCCCGGCACUUCUGUUACUGCGGAGAUGAUUCCCAGGACAAUUGGAAAAUGGUUGCUCAGCUGUCAGGUCAAUGCCCAUAUACAAGCGGGUAUGCAGGCCUUCUACCAGGUCUCUGCCUGUGACUCAAAGUUUAAAGCAGCACCUACAGCGCCCCCUGGCCAUGAGAGACAUUACUACAUUGCAGCAGAAGAGAUUAUGUGGGACUAUGCUCCCCUUGAUAUGAACACCUUUACUGGCCAACCUCUAACCACACCGGACAGUGAUUCGGAGGUUUUCUUCAGCAGAGAAGAUGGUCGACUUGGUGGAAUUUACCAGAAAGUUCAUUAUGUACGGUACACUGACAGUACAUUCACCACUGUAGAAAGCCAAGAAGAACACCUAGGCAUUCUGGGCCCAGUCAUCCGGGCGGAGACAGGUGAUGUUGUGGUGGUAACAUUCCUGAACAAAGCCAAGUAUAACUACAGUAUCCAGCCUCACGGUCUGCAUUAUGAAAAAGCUUAUGAAGGAGCCAAGUACCAAGAUGGAUCCCAGAAGGAUGGAGCUAGUGUACCUCCAGGUGAACGUUUCAUCUAUCGGUGGAAAGUGACUGAAGGUCCCUCUGACAGUGACCCGCCCUGUUUAUCAUAUUUAUAUUACUCUGCCUCUGACCCCGUCCCUGACACCAACUCAGGCCUGGUGGGGCCACUACUGGUGUGUAAGAGAGGAGCACUGGAUGACAGUAUGAAGCAGAAAGAGGUAGACAGGGAGCUGUUCUUGCUGUUCUCUGUGAUUGAUGAGAAUGAGAGCUGGUACCUGGAUGACAACAUUCAGAAGUUUGGCAGUGACAAGUCUGACAAAGAUAGCCAAGACUUUCAGGAGAGCAAUAAAAUGCAUGCGGUGAAUGGAUAUAUGUACGGGAACCUUCCUGGACUGGAUUCGUGUGAGGGGGACCAUGUUGUGUGGCACACACUGGGUUUGGGAACUGAAGAAGACAUUCAUGGUGUUCAUUUCCAGGGGAACACUUUUAAAAGGGACAACACGAACCAGGAUACACUGAGUCUCUUUCCCCACACCAGUGUUACUGUUACCAUGACGCCAGACAACGACGGUCCAUUUGAGGUGAGCUCUCUAACAAGUGAUCACUACAGAGCGGGCAUGCGGCAACACUACACAGUGAAACACUGUAAGGGGAGUCAAAGGUCAACAGCCACGCCCUCUCAGCCUCCUGUUCGUUACUUUCUGGCUGCUGUAGAGGUGGAGUGGGAUUACGCCACUGAUCGUACCUGGGAAGUGGAGAGAUAUAGUGCCAGUAUCAACGAUAGUUAUGGAAGUGUGUUCCUCACUCACUCAGAGGAUCAGAUUGGCUCUAAAUACAAAAAGGUCGUGUUUCGUGAAUACACAGACGACACUUUCAGGACACAGAAAAAACAUGAGGAGCAUCUGGGCAUUCUGAGUCCUAUUCUCAGGGCUGAGGUUGGUGAAAGGAUUCAGGUUGUGUUUAAGAAUAAAGCCACUAAACCGUUUUCACUUUACGCUCAUGGUGUGAAGACCAGAGGGGGACACCGGUCACCUGCUCAGCCAGGCAGUGUGAGGGUAUAUGAGUGGAAUGUUCCAGAAAGGUCCGGCCCAGGACCGUCUGACCCAGCAUGUAUAACAUAUGCCUACUACUCCACAGCUGAUUUCGUCAAGGACUUGAUGAGUGGUUUAGUGGGACCACUGGUUGUGUGUCGUAAAGGGACUCUGAAUGAUCAGAGACAGAGGACAGACGUACAGAGAGAGUUUGCUCUGCUCUUCAUGGUGUUUGAUGAGAAUGAGUCGUGGUACCUGGAUGACAACAUUAAAACUUACCUCAACAAGGAUCCAAAACACUUUGACACAGAAGACUCUGAGUUUAUGGAAAGCAACCUGAUGCACGGUAUAAAUGGGAAGCUGUAUGCUAACCUCCAGGGUCUGGUGAUGAAUGUGGGAGAGAAGAUUAACUGGUACCUAAUGGGUUUGGGUAAUGAGAUCCACACUGUCAAUUUCCAUGGUCAGAGCUUCAUCUACAAGACGGAUCACUCCCACAUUGCUGAUGUGUUCAGCUUGGUCCCUGGAACCUUCCAGACUAUAGAGAUGACUGCAGGGAACCCUGGGACAUGGCUGCUUCAGUCUUAUGUGUUUGACCACAUACACUCUGGCAUGGAAACAACCUUCAAAAUUUUACCUGUUGGAGGAAGUCAGAAACCAUAGUUCAUAUGAGAUAGACAGAGAAAGAGAGAUUGAGAGUUUGAUUCUAGCUAUAUUGGGUCUGGGCCUGAGGAAAUUUUUUUUGAAAUGGAGACUUACGUUUUUGUCGCAUACCUAGACUUAUAUUUUUUUCUCUUCUCAAUAUCUAAAGUCAGCAGAUCGGGGAGCACUUUUAACGGUUUUCUGAGCCAUUUUAUUUUCUGAACUAACACACAAAAACCAUUUUAACAAAACCACAUUUAGCAAAUUAUUAGGUUAUUGUAUAUGGCAGAACAGUUACC